AUUACAUUAUGAUUGUUGCUAGAAAAAAUUGCCAAAUCCUGAUCGAAAAAAAAUAUUUAGAUGGAGGCCGAAAUAUUUAAAGUAGAAGUUGAUGAAGAUGAGAUCAAAGAAUCAUUUUUUAGCUACAAUGCUCAGUACAUAGAUGAUGAUUGGUUAACUUAUAAACCGAAAACUGAAAAUGUAGAACACUUUGUAGAAGUGAAUGAAGGAACUGAUAAGAUGAUAGAAACUCCAAAAAAAUAUGAAGAGGAGGUAUUAUUUGAUGUGAAAUUAAAUGAGACUGCCAAGGAUAUUGAUCCAAAGAAAUAUAACUGUGACCUUAGUGAUGUUGCUUCAGCCCGAAAUCUGGACCUUAAAAAGCAUAUAAAUUCAGUUCACUUGACGAUGAAGCAAUUUCAAUGUAAUCUAUAUGAUUACACUGCAGCUCCAAAAGACAACUUUGAAAAGCAUAUAGAAUUGCUUCAUUUGAAUAAAAAAGAGCAUAAGUGUCACCUUUGUGACUAUGCUACAUUUGACCAGAGAAGUCUUGAAGAGCAUAUAAAUUUGGUUCAUUCAAAAUUGAAGAAAUAUGCAUGUUUGAAGUGUGAUUAUGCCACAGCGCAUAAAGGAUGCUUAAAACGCCAUAUAAAUUCAAUUCAUUUGAAUUUGAAGAAACAUAAAUGUCACCUAUGUGAUUUUGCUUCUGACCGAAAUGUGAAACUUAAAAUUCAUUUAGAUUCAGUUCACUUGAAGAUAAAAGAAUAUCAGUGCCAUUUAUGUGAUUACGCCGCAGCUCGAAAGGACAAACUGAAAACUCAUAUAGAAUCAAUUCAUUUAAAUUUGAAGAAAUAUCAGUGUCAUCUAUGUGAUUACUCCGCAGCUCGAAAGGACACUCUAAAAACUCAUAUAGAAUCAACUCAUUUAAAUUCGAGGAAAUAUAAGUGCCACUUAUGUGAUUUUGCUACUGCCCGAAAUAUGUUCCUUAAAAAGCAUAUAAAUUCAGUUCACUUGACGCUAAAGAAAUAUCAGUGCCAUUUAUGUGAUUACGCCGCAGCUCAAAAGGACAAUCUGAAAACUCAUAUAGAAUCAAUCCAUUUAAGUUUGAAGAAAUAUAAGUGUCACUUAUGCGAUUUUGCUACUGCUCGAAAUAUGAACCUUAGAAAGCAUAUAGAAUCGGUUCAUUUGAAUAAAAAAGAGCAUAAGUGUCUCCUUUGUGACUGUGCUACAUUUGACCGGAGAAGUCUUGAAGAGCAUAUAAAUUCAGUUCAUUUAAAUUUGAAGAAAUAUGCAUGUUCGAAGUGUGACUAUGCUACAGCUCGUAAAGGAUGCUUAAGACGACAUAUGAAUUCAGUUCAUUUGAAAUUGAAGAAACAUAAAUGUCACCUAUGUGAUUAUGCUUCAGAUAGAAAGGGGCUUAUUAAAGUUCAUAUAGAAUCUGUUCAUUUGAAUAAGUGUAAUCUUUGUGAUUAUGCCUCGGCUGAAAAAGGAUCCUUGGAAUCUCAUAUUAAAUCAAUCCAUUUUUAAUAUAAGGAAAUAAUAAUGUCAUUCAUGCGAUUUUGAAUCAGUUCUAAAUGAAGACCUCAAACAACACAUAAAUUCUUUUCAUUUGAACAUGUAGCAUAUUAAUUCUCACCUUUGUGAGUUUGUUACAAUUAAUAAGACAUAAGAUAUGAGCAUAUAGAAUUGAUUCAUUUUAAUUUGAUAAUUAUAAAUGGGAAAAAUUGUGAUAUUACAACAGCAAAUGAAGAAUACUUUAGUCAAAAUAUAAAUUAAAAUGAACAUAAAUGUCACCCAUAUGAUGUGCAUAUAGAUUUGUAGCAUUUGAAUAUAAAGGGAAAUAAGAGCCACUUGUGUUCGAAAAGAACACGUCAAAUCUCAUAUAGAAUCUGUCCAUUCGGAAAUUAAAUAACAUCAAGAUUACCUAUGAAUGAAAUGUAAAAUCUGAUGAAGGAUCAUUGUAACUAAUAAUUAAUUGUUUUGUUUCAUUAAUUUUUUUGUUUUGUGAAUAAAAAUUAUAUUAUUAUU